AUGGCUCCCGUCGCAGUCGAGAACGUCCCCACCGCUCCCGCCGUCGAGUCGCUCAAGGCGCAGCUCGCCGCGACCUCGCUCGUUGACCUCCGCGCCUACCCGCACAUCGACAACACGCCGGGCAUCGGCACCGAGUUCCACGCCGGUGGGUUGCAGAUCGGCGAUGUCCUCGCGGACCCAGCCAAGAUCAAGGCGCUUGGCCGCCUCGUGUCGGAGCGCGGCGUCGUCUUCUUCCGCGACGCAGACAUCACCCCCGAGCAGCAGAAGGUGCUCGUGCAGGCGCUCGGCGAGGCCGGCGGCAAGCCCGCCUCCUCGGGCCUGCACGUCCACCCCCUCACCCUGCCCGGCCAGGUGGACGGGGAUGAGAUCAGCGUGAUUUCGAACAAGUUCGUCUUCGGCGAGAAGUUCAAGCGCGAGGACGGCGACAUACGCAACCGCCGCUGGGGCAAGGACCAGUGGCACUCGGACAUUACCUUUGAGAACGUGCCGUCUGACUACGCGUCCCUCGUGAUCCGCACGCUCCCCAAGGUCGGAGGCGACACGUUGUGGGCGUCGGCGUACGACGCAUACGACCGCCUCUCCGAGCCCCUCCAGCGCCUCCUUGAGGGCCUCACGGCGCAGCACAGCGGCGAGUCCUUCCUGCGCAUCAACGCCGUGUACGGCGGCAAGCCUGUGCGCGAGCCCCGCGGCUCGCCCGACAACGUCGGCCAGGACCUGCUUACGGUCCACCCUGUGAUCCGCACCAACCCUGUGACGGGGUGGAAGGGGCUGUUCGUCAACAAGGGCUUCACGAAGCGCAUUGUGGAGCUGACUGCGCCCGAGAGCGAUGCGCUCCUCGACUUCCUCUUCGACCACAUCAGUGCAAACCACGACAUCCAGGUGCGCUUCCGGUGGGAGAAGAACUCGCUCGCUAUCUGGGAUAACCGCUCCACCUUCCACGCGGCGACUGCCGACCUCGACGGCAUCCUUCGUGAGGGGACGCGCUCCGUCUCGCUCGGCGAGCGCCCAUACUACGACCCCAAGAGCAAGAGCCGCCGCGAGGACCUCGAGGCGCGCGAGAAGAGCGGCAACUAG